AUGUCUGUUACCACUACUAGAUCAUAUACAAGUGAUUCAGCUUCACUUACUCCUACUCACCAAGUUAAAGAAUCUUUAAGAUUAAUUGAAGAUUUGAAAUUCUUUUUAGCUACUGCUCCAGCUAAUUGGCAAGAAAACCAAGUAAUUCGAAGAUACUAUUUAAAUCAUGAUGAAGGAUUUGUUAGUUGUGUUUAUUGGAAUAAUUUAUAUUUUAUUACUGGUACUGAUAUUGUUCGUUGUAUUGUUUAUAAAUUUGAACAUUUUGGUAGAAAGAUUAUCGAUCGAAAGAAGUUUGAAGAAGGUAUAUUUUCAGAUUUAAGAAAUUUGAAAUGUGGUACUGAUGCUAUUUUAGAACCUCCAAGAUCUGAAUUUUUAGAAUUCUUAUUCAAAAAUUCAUGUUUAAGAACUCAAAAGAAACAAAAAGUGUUCUUUUGGUUCAAUGUGCCUCAUGAUAAAUUAAUGGCUGAUGCUUUAGAGAGAGAUUUGAAAAAGGAAAAAUUGGGUCAAAAUCCAACCACUAUUAGUCAUAGAGAACCAGCUUUAAGUUUUGAAUACGAUGAAUCUUCAAGUUUAUAUGCUCAAUUAUCUAAACAUAUGGAAACUUCAAAGAAAGUAAAUGAUGCUGCUGUUGGUCUUGGUUCUUCUGCUACUACUACUACAACCACCACCAGUACAACAACAGGAGCUAGUGGGACAACAACUACAGUUACAACAAUAAAUGGUUCAAGUUUAAAUCAAGGUGAUGAUAAGCAUAGUAAUGGUAGUGAAAAAUCUUCACCUGAAUAUACCACCACAGCAAGGGGUCGAGAAGAAUAUGGAUUUCUUAAUGAAGCUACACCAGCCCAGUAUAAAACUAGUUCUGAUUAUGAAGAUGAUUUCCCAUUAGAUUAUAUUAAUCAAGUAAAUGGUCAAAAUUCAGAAGAUUAUAUUAUAUUAGAUCCAAAUUAUCAACCAGGAGCUUAUGCAAAUAUAAUUGAGGAUAAUUAUGAUUCAUUUUUAGAUCCUACAUUGUUUAUGCCUCCAAAUAUAAUACAAGCUGCUCCAACAACAGCAACUACAACAACUAAUCAAGUUGCAUUUAAUGAUGAAUAUUUAAUUGAACAAGCUCAACCUUUAAGAACUCCAUUACCUCCAAUUUCUUCAGGUCCACUACAACCAAAAUCAGCCGCUAAAUUUUUUUCAUUACAAAAUAACGAAGAAGCUUUCUUUCCAUCAAAUUAUCAAAAUUAUGGUAUUACUCCUCAACCUUUAGUACCUCCAAUAUCGGCAAAAUAUCAAAAUCAAUUCACUGCAAGACAAUUAGCAACACCGACUUAUUUAAAAGCAAUUCCUCAACAACAAUCACAAUCUCAAGGUGUUCCUCCCCCUCCUCCUCCUUCAAAUCAACCACCACAACAAUUUUAUGAUCAACAAUCUGGUCAAAUAUAUCAAGCAACUACUGAAAUUCCAAUAUCUUAUAAUGUAGUACAUCCAGAUAGUGAAUAUUGGACAAAUAAUCCAAAUGUUCAAACUGCUACAACUACUGCUCCAAUGUAUGAUACUAAUGGAUUUCCUAUUCCUAUAAAUCAAUCGUAUAUGAUUCAUAAUGAUCAUUCAGAAAUGAUGCCUGCUUAUAAUAUGGCUGUACCUCAACAACAACAACAACAACAGCAACAGCAAGGACAACAAGGACAAAUGUAUCAACAAUCACAAGGAAUUAAUAAACCAUCUUUAAAAAAUCCAAAGAAAAGAUCAAACCAACAACAACAAUCUCCAAUAAGUUCUAAAGUGUCCAAUAAUAAUAAUAAUAAUAAUAACACUAGUGGAAUGAUUAGAAAACCAACAAAUGAUCAAAAUAAUAAUACUAAAAAUUAUUCUGGUUCUUUAAAUGAUGUGGUUAAUUCAAAAGUUACUAAAGUGAUUAAUAAAGAUGAUAUUAAAUGA